GAUUUUCAACAAUCAGUGGCACAACUAGGUUAUAGGUGGAGGGGUUAUGGCCCCUCUGACCCUCUCAAUCUAUCACAAAUAGUUUUGGAAAAAGCAGUUUAAUGGAAACCUGAUGAUUGAUGAACAAGAUUCAGCAAAUAGAGUUCUUUCUGUCAACCUGCCUAUAUGUCUAGCUAGCAAUGCUGUGCUUUGCCUAAAGAAAGUCCCAUUAGCCAAAAAGACAUAUCAACAAGAAGCUAACAAUGGAGGAAUCUGUACUUUCGACUCAUUUUAUGAUGAUGAGACUAGACAAUGUGUAACUUAAUUUUGGAUGAUCCAUAGCCACUCAACCGAAAUAAAUAUGAUACCUAAACCAUCUUAGCAGGAAAAAGCAUAUGACCUGGAGGAAAGUAUUAUAGACUAUAUAGUAUAUAGCAUACCUUCUGUAUAUGAAUCAAGCACAUAAAAGGUCAUUAUAUCUGGACAUUAUUGAAAAAUCGGUCAAUAAAUUUUGACUUUUUAACUUAUUUGUUCUCGAAGUUUAGAAUAGCCGACAAAAAAACCACUUGAUCUCCAAAUUCGAUGGUAUUUAUGUUCGACAAGUCAAUAUCAUGGUUCCUGUCAUCAUUAUUACUAGUAAAAAAGACACAUAGAACCUCUAAGUAUCGAUUAAGUGAACGGACUAUGGAGGAAGAGAUUAUUAUGGUUAUUUUGAGUAAUUUUGGUUGAAAUAGGAUCACAUUAUGAGUUUGAUUUAGUUCAAACAUGAAUGAAAAUGUCAAGUAAAGGGAGGGAGAAGUUAUUAGGGUGAUUUUGAGACAAACUGACUAGCUAAAAUUUGAUUUAAGUUAUGAGUCUAUCAAAUAAAGUCACAAAUUGCUCACCAUUUAUCCUUAUAAGCCAAUCAAUGUUGGAAUUUUUACUACUUUUUGGGUGAUUUGGCGCCCGCCAAUAUAUAUGGACAUUUUGUAUGGAAAACCUAACGUUACUACUUGACAUAAUCAGUUAACCCCUCUUGUAAAAUACUUAUUCCAAACUUCAGUGUCAAGUUUGUGAAGAAUCAAAGUUCAAUGUUGGAUAAGUCAAUAACCUCAACGUUUAGUGAUCAUUUUGUACAAUCCACCCUUUUGUUGGCUGAUAAGUAAUAAGUCAAUCGUUAGAAGUAAGUGUUAGUGUUGUGGUAUAUGAUCUACGAUUGAACAUUUCUCAAGAACUCGAGUUAUUGGGAUCAACUGGUUCAUGACAUGGUAUCAGAGCCUUCUGUGAUCGAGAGGUCUUGUGUUCGAUUCCCGGUGACCCCCAUUUGUUAAGUACAUGGUAUUCCUGUCUUCAGACCUGUGCAAACUUCAAGCUUUCAAGCCCUUGUGAGUGGCUUUCGUUUAAGGGGGCGUGUUAGUGUUGUGGUAUAUGAUCUACGAUUGAACCUUUCCCAACAACUCGAGUGAUUGGGACCAACUGGUUCAUGACAGUAAUAACCAGAAGAUUUUUUUUAAUAAUAGAAUAACAAAAAGAGAAUAAGAACAAAAAGGUAAAUUAAAAAACAACCAGGUUGAUGUCUUAAUAUUAGCACCUUUUGUCAAGGAAACCAAUCUUGGGAUUCAUCAGCACAAACUUUUGAAAACCUUUCCCUUUUUUAGAUAGCUUCUCACGAGUCAUUCCACGUACAAAUUUUCUCAAAAUCCCCCACCAAUAUAUCCAAUAACCAUCAUCAUAGUCAUCAUCAUCAUCACAAAAGAGAAACAUUCUUAAAGAGAGCAAAAACUACCAACCCAAAUGAUAUCUUCAAAGGAUGUCUACCAUGUGGUUGCAGCCACAAUCCCACUAUAUGUCGCCAUGAUACUUUCCUACACAUCAGUGAAAUGGUGGAAGCUGUUCACCCCAGAGCAAUGUGGUGGGAUCAACAAGUUCGUGGCCAAGUUCUCCAUCCCAUUGCUCUCCUUCCAGAUCAUCUCGGCCAACAACCCUUACAACAUGAGCCUGAGGCUCUUACUCGCGGAUUCAGUUCAGAAACUGCUGGCGAUUGUGUUGAUUGGAGUGGUCACCAGGUUCUGGUUCAGAGGUUGGAGGCUGAGUUUGGUCAUUACAGGGCUGUCUCUGUCGACAUUGCCCAACACGUUGAUCCUCGGGGUCCCGGUUUUGAAGGCUAUGUAUGGUGGUGAGGCAGAGUCACUGCUGUCUCAGAUUGUGUUCCUGCAGAGCAUUGUUUGGUACAAUUUUCUGCUGUUUCUGUUUGAAGUGAAUGCUGCCAUGGCUGUAACUGCUAACCCCUCUCCAGAAGUUGCAGGUGGGAACCAUAGGGAUGGCUCUGAUCAAGGAGAAUCGAAGGAUGGAGCAGCAGAACAUGAACAGGAAGCUUCUGAGAACAGAGGAAGGGAAGUGAAGAAGACAGUAAUGUCCAUUCUCAUCAUAGUUGGAAGCAAGCUGAUCAGGAAUCCCAACUUUUAUGCUACUUCGAUUGGCUUUAUCUGGGCUUGCAUUCAUUUCAGGUGGGGGAUAAAGCUGCCAGAUGUUAUUGAUAACUCCAUCAUGAUACUGGCAACAGGUGGACUUGGCAUGGCAAUGUUCAGCUUAGGGCUGUUCAUGGCAUCAAGGGCGACUGCAACUGCUUGCAGAAUCCGAAUGGUAGACGUGGCAGCCAUGGCGAUGAAGUUCGUUGCAGGACCGGCUCUAAUGGCACUCUCUUCUGUCGUUGUAGGAUUGAGGGGCAGAGUGCUUCGAGUUGCCAUUGUUCAGGCUGCUCUGCCACAAGGGAUAGUGCCAUUUGUGUUUGCUAAAGAGUACAAUGUUCAUCCGGAUGUUUUGAGCACAUCAGUCAUAUUUGGGAUGCUCAUUGGGUUGCCAAUCUCUCUUGUCUAUUACUCACUGCUUGCAUUCUGAAAAUCUCAAGAUCAUCCCUCUCAAAUGUUGAUGUAUGAAUUUGCUUUAGUUAACUUAUGUUCUCUUAGCCAUGCACCCCUCGGAUCUGCUUUGAUAGGCAGUGCAGUUGUGGUAUUGACAAUCUCACACAAAUAACAAUAUGUUGGCCAUGAUUGGUGUUCAAUUAAACUCUUGGAUUAUAUGGUUAUGAUUUUGUUAGCAAAAGUCAAUGUUUGGAGUUUGAUCCUGCAAAAGCUUAUCCUCUGGACACAAUCUUUGUCUCAUACUCUGAAAUUGCUCGCGGCAUAAUCUCUAGGGGUGUACAACGGGUUGGUCGGUAUAGGAUCGCACUGGACCAAACCGACGUUUGUAUUGGUUCACACUGAAUCGAACAUAAUAUGAUAUGAUCCUUGGUACUCAUGAAUUUUAUAAAUAUUGAAGAAAAAUCGAUCCAAUUGACAUUUGGAUCGGACCAAAUCGAACCAAAUGUACUGUUUAUUCGGUCUUUAAUUCUAAGAUGUCUUUCACUAUUGAACUGCAAUUCACUUAAGUUUGGUCUAGUUCGAAAGGGAUCGUACCGUUAUACACUUCUAAUAAUUUCUUACAUGUUUAUGAUCUUAUCCAAAGAAACUCUUCAUCAUCACUUACUUGAAUACUCAUCCUCCCAUGCAACUUGCUCAAGAUCCAGAAGCAACAUUCUCCAAGUAUUAAUGUUAGCCUUCCAUCUCCUGUUAGGAAUUAGCAUCAAAAUCAUGAUCCCAACCAUUUCACAAUGUGUGAUGUCUGUUCCACAUGAUCUCUAUCUAAGAAGCAGUUUUUAGCACCAUCAUCGAAAAACGAUAUAUAAUAAAUCAGCAAUUCGUUGAUUUGAAGAAGAAGAAAAUUUUCUUUAUCAAUCACCACAUAUAAUGAAAAUGUAUGACUUUAUUAGGCUGAAAUAUUUAUAGCCAAGGGUCAAGAACUCUUUUUUUUUUUAAUUAAGGGUCAAGAACUCUCUAUUUUUUUUGUUAAUUUUUAUUAUCAAAUCCAUGAAUUGAAUGUAAAAUGAUUUGUAAUUAAUGUCAUACUACGUGACCUACUUGUUCUUAAAUAAGGAUUAUCAAUUACGCGCAAACAACAAUUUAACUAACCACUUCAAUAAAACACAUCUAAUAUUUCUUGGAGAAUAAAAAAACAAUAGUUUAUUCAAUUUAUAUUUCCCGAAAUUAAAUAAAUAACAACUGCUACUAUCUAUGUAUUAUCUAAACCAAAAGCCUUGGGCAAAGGGUCAGUCACUGGACUCUCACUAGUCACUACCACGCCUCCUUGGCAAAUAAGACAGAAAAAAAAAUUAAAAUCUUUUCUGGCAAAAUAAAUAAAUGCCUCCCAAAUUAAUAAUCUACGGCCUAACCUUCUCCUUCUCUUCAUCCGACGGCUAGUAUCGCUGAACACCGAAACAAAUUCGAUAAAAAAAU